AUAUUUUUGACCCCUCUCCCUUGUCUAAUAUAUUGACCAUAAUUGAGUUACCCCUAUUUUCUUUACAUUAAAAACUUUCUAGUUGUCUCUCUCUCUCUCUAUACCCGCCUGUUAUCUCCUUCUUCAAUCGCCGCCGAUGGAUUGGCAAGGACAAAAGCUAGUGGAACAGUUGAUGCAGAUACUGCUUGUGAGCUUCGCGGUAGUAGCAUUCAUCACAGGCUAUGUCUUGGGCUCGUUUCAAACUAUGUUGUUAACAUACGCUGGUGGUGUUGUCUUUACUGCCCUUGUCACCAUCCCUAACUGGCCUGUCUAUAAUCGUCAUCCUCUCAAGUGGUUGGACCCAAGUGAAGCUGAAAAGCAUCCCAAACCACUGUCUGCUAACUCAGGUUCCAAGAAGAAGACCACUAAGAAUAAGUAGGUCAUUUGACUGACAUUUUACUUUUGUAUGAUGUAUCAAAUACAGUUGGUGGUUUUUCGGUAUGAGCUGAACAUUUUCUGUUCUCAGUGAAUUUUGUCAGUGAUAUACAAUGGCUUAAGAAAGAUUUAGUUUUGA